ACGUUCAUUUAGUCUUGAAGUACAACUCGGUGGGUGAGUGUCGCGAAAAGCUUGCCGCUAAAUAUUUGGGGUCACCUGGAACGAAUCACCUUCCUUGGCAAUCUUUUUAAGGCGGGCUUAAAUACCGAUCAACAUGAGUUUGAAUAAGCGAAAUACUAGUCACAUAUCAAUUUACAACUACCCGGAACACCUGAAUCCCUUCUACGAAGAUGAUAACCACAAGCGCCUCCGGUUUUGGGGGUUUAGCAAAAAGAAGAACGAAAAUGGCAGGCACAGUUUGUCGAUUGGCAACUUGCAAGAAUUGUGGAAAUCGUAUUCUUUUCGUAAAAAGAAGUCGUCAACAUUGGGAAUAAACAAAACAUCGGAGAGCCCGCCCACCCUAAGAAGAGACUUAAACGAUAAUUCCUAUCUGAAUUCUAGGAUCUUCCGCGGUGACCGUCACACUUCCCUUCAAAACAUCGAUACUCGAAGAGAGUCCGAUACCAUAUCCAAUGGGACCUUCUUCAACCGUAAUGAUCGCUACAGAAGCACAACGCAGUUUUCUGGAUACUCCUCGCCACUUCAGCAGAAUCGAAGGCUGUCCCAAUCCAGUCUCGCAAGCUCAAAUCCUUUUGAAUCCCAACCGGAAUCGUGCCCCAGCUCCCCGAUGAGUAGCAGAAGAUACCGGAAGAAGAAAAGAGCGCCGCCGCCGCCGCCUCCAAAAAUUGUGGUCCAGGACUACCUUGCUACCAAAGACAUCGAGUCUCUUGCCUCUGAAAUUGACGAGUUUGUUAACAACAGAAAAGAAUCUUUAAUAAAACAAGAAGUUCGAGAGGAACUGCCGAAAGCGAAUCAACCUGCAACGAUCUCCGCCAUCGAACCUAACCCCAGCACGUCCAAAGCACCACAAAGCAUAGAUACAAAGCCGUCGAACGGAGUGAGCACGGUGAUGGAGAAGCAAAAGGUCACUAUCGUGGAGUCAGUAACCAAAGUUAAUACCCGCACUUCCCCAAAACGAGAAUGCAAUGGCACAGUGCACAUAAGCCAGUCCAAUGAGCCUAGGAUAUGCACAUCCACUGGGGUCCAAAAGGUCACUUCCUCCUCUAACACUGCUAGCCCAAUUGAACCCAGCACUUCCCACACACCUGCGUGCCUUGCCAGCAUUCACAUCAACCAAUCCUCUGAGCACAUAACACUAAGCUCCGAACAAAAACCCAACAACACCCAAAUCGAUGAAAAGAAAUUCCUCACACAAAACGGCAGCACACCUAUUUAUAUCAGAGAAGAACCCUUAGUUAUCAAGGAAGUUUCAAGUGAGGAAGAAGUUCCGAGUGAGACAGAAAUUUUGAAGCAAACAGUCGUUUUGGAAGAUUCCAAAGACCCCAUAAGCCCCAGCACUUCCAAAGCACAACAGCAAAAUACUGUCGAACUACCCAAUGAAUCUGAAAAUACAAGCGCAGAUCCGGAUCCAAGUGAAAGCCCCUAUGUGGAAGACAGAAAAACCAAUUCCUUUGGCACGGUCAAGCAGAUUUCUCAGAUUUUUGAAGAGAACAUUAGCUCCAGUGGUCCUAGUAGUCCCCCAAGAAGAAGUUCAUCAGAAGCCCCCAAUGUAAGCGGUGCGAGGUCAAAGAAUGUAGAUAACCAACUCGAUUCAGGGGUAGUUCAGGUGAACCCAGCUGAAACUAACGAAGUUUUGCAGAUAAGAGAGGAGUUUGAGUUGGAAAGUGACGUGAGAAUGGGUGAAAGGUUUAGAAACGACCGCUUCCGGUCUUCAGUCUCGGUUGAGAGGGAAUCGAAUUCCACUCCAACGCCGCGGAUGAGAAAGAAGAAGUCAAUUAAGGAAGUGCUAGAAUCUAUUAGCCGAAACCAGAAGAUUUUGAGUGAGAGUGCAGCCAAGGGCACAAAAGUGUACUUAACACCCUCCUACACGGACAACAGAUACAACUGUCCCAAUGAGUUGAAUAACGUUAACAAUAGAUCUUCCAAGGAAGUGACCUCCACCAAUAUUCCUGUCAGUGCAUCGGAUACCAAUGAUUUAGCGUCCCAAAACAAUUUGUUUAUUAGCAAGAUAAGCAAGUUCAACGGCCAAUUCAGGGAGUCAUCUCCCACUUCGUCAAACUUGGAUUGGAACCCUCAUCCCAAGCCAAAACGAGCUCACAACUCAGCUAGUUCUAACUUCAACAACGGUUCGUGUUGAGUUAAAUUAAUUAUGCUUUAAACAAACAUAUAUUUAUAUUACACCAAAACCAAAUUUAUACGCAAUAAAAUAAAAUAUGUACUUAUUUAAAAAGAA